AUGCUCAAGACCUGUGAGCUACUUUAUGCAAAGGAGAGGCGAUGGUUCUUGAACCAAUGCUGGAUAUAUGGCAACGAGAUGGAUGACGAUGCUGAAGAUGAUCAAGAAUUUUGCGCCGCAGCCAUGAUCUUAGCCAAGGCCCUGGUUGAGAAGGAGAGCAGCUCCAGCGAGCUUUCUGAUCCGGAUAAACCUACACCUUUGCCCUAUGUUGAGCUACAUAAAGCGAGGCAAAUAAUGACACGGGCAGACUUCAUCCAGCGCCUUGACCGUAUCAACAUAUUUACCAUAGACACUGAUGCAAUGGUCCGAGCUGAUUCAGUCAUCAUGCAAAAGGUUUUUCAUGAUAUUUGCACAAAGGAAGGAUUUGACGAGCAUCUAGAGGCUACACUAGAGCGGCUCGAUGAAUUAGAAGGCCUAGGGAGAACCUCCGAGGUGACAUUCAAAGAUCUUAAUGGCGGCGGUGGCUAUCAAGCUACAAUUGAUAAAGAUGCAUCCGGGAGGAAGGCCCCCACCUAA